UCCAUCAGCUAGCAUAGAUCCAUGCAUUCUACAGACACGUACAUGGACAUAAAUAUUCAUCUGAAAUUGCGUGUAAUGCAACAGCCGAGAAGGUGGGCUGCCAAGUCCACCGCCUUACCUUUCUAUCGACUCAGACUCAAGUACAUCAUACCUUUGCGGUGUCAGUUUCGCUUCUGGUGGGGCAGAAUCUUCAAUAUCACAUCGAAUCCACUUAAUACGCAAUCAAUACCUCUGUGGCAGCAAGUGGAAUACUACCUGAAGGUGCAUGAACACCUUACGAAGCGACUAGGAUCUGCCCAUGCUCAGAAGCAUCUAUCGAAGUCUCUGUUCUUCAUUGUGUUCGGAAGCAACAACAUCCUUGACUACUCCCGAUCCAUUGAUCAAAAUAAACCCCCAAAAAUGCACGUCAACCAGAUGACCACCUUGCUCAAAGCCAAGUUAAAGAUACUACAUACUCACGGCGCACGUAAAUUUAUGGUGGUGGGACUGCCUCCGGUCGGGUGCUGCCCAGCGCAGAGGAUUCAGAAUGAGACCAGAGGCUGCAGGGAGGACACGAAUACCUGGACUGUCAUGUACAAAGAGGCACUGGAAUCAAUGUCACAGGAGCUGAAGUCGGAGGUGAAAGACAUGAGCUACUCCUACAGCCACACUUAUCCUCUCAUACAUGGUUUCAUCCAAGAUCCUGCUUCUAAUGGUUUAAGGAGGUGAAAGAGGCCUGUUGUGGGCUAGGCGACCUGAAUGCCCAAUACCCGUGCCUGCCAACUUCAAUGCAUUGCUUCAACAGGCAGCCGACGGUGCAUAGACAACGUCUUUGAUGGCCCUCCAGAGUA